CCGGACUUAGAAGAAUUCAUGAAAAAGGUUUAAUUCAUCGAGAUUUACAUAUUGGAAAUAUAUUAAGUUUUAUGCGAACAACGUGUAUAACCGAUAUGGGAUUAUGUAAACCAGCAUAUUAUGAUAAAUUAGAAAAUACGGAUAAUACCGUGUAUGGUGUUUUACCUUAUAUGGCUCCUGAAGUUAUAAGAGAAGGACAUUAUACCCAAGCAUCUGAUAUUUACAGUUUUGGCAUAAUUAUGUAUGAAACAAUUUCAAAAACUCCUCCAUAUCCAGAUAUUAAUCACGAUGAAUAUUUAGCAACGGAGAUCUGUAAAGGGUUAAGACCCAAUUUUAAUAUUAAGGUACCACAAUUAAUUGUGUAUUUAAUUAAAAGAUGUCUAGAUGCAAAUCCUUCAAACCGACCAAAUGCAAAGGAUCUUUCGAGAACUAUUAAUGAAUGGAACAUAGAACUUAAUCAAUAUAGAAAUAAGCAACCAGAAUUAGUUGAAUCAGAAUUAAUUAAACAAAUGUUAGAUAUUAAUGAUAAUUCAUCAUCUACUAAUAUUUCUAAUUUACCUUUUACACAUCCUGGAGCUAUAUAUGCAAGUAGACCUUUUAAAUUUAAUAAUCUUCCCGAACCAAAAAAUUCUAAUAAUUAUUAUGAAAAUUGUGAUAAUAUAACAGAAAUUAUAUAUUCAGGAGAGCUUUCAAAAAGUAAUAGUGAAUGUUUAGAAUGUGAAAUCGUUAAUUGAAUUAAAAUAACUUAGACAAUAGUUAUAUAUAUUUGACAAUUAUAGCGGAUCCUACCCAAUAAAUAUUUAUGUAA